AAAAAAUACGAUUAUAUGAAAAAAGUGUAUUUAGCGUAUACUUGGACAGUUAUCUUAUUUAGAAAUAUAUUGCUCCUUGAUAGCUGCGAUCAAAGAAUCCAUAAGAGAAACAUAAAAAUGCGUGUUUUCACUAUAAUUUUCUCUUUGAUAAUAAUAGGUAAUUUUGAUAUUGAGGCUGUUAAAUCUCCAACAUUUAGCACUAGUUACACAGCAAAGGGAACCUUGUAUAUCCCAUAUGCUGAAAUUCGAGAACCAUUUUAUGCAUGGUAUGAUGGUAAAAGUGGAUCUAGCAGAAUAGAUUAUUAUGGAGGAAUGGUGAAAACUUUCCAACUGUCAGGUAAAGGAUCUUAUGGAAUAAGUAUAAAAAUUGCUCCGAUCACUACAGAAAGUAUUUUAAACGAAGAAACAUGUCUUGAAGUAAAUGGUACUAGCCAAUUGAAGAUUCAGCCUCAAACCAUUAUUCCAGAUACCUUAGGAAUGGAGUGUAUUGGGGAAGAAAUAGUUAAUGGAUUAUUAUGUGAAAAAUGGAGGCUUGUAGAAAGUAUUAACGAGAAAAUAAACAAAUAUACUCUUUGGAUAAGAUAUAAGAAAUCUCCUCGCAUACCUCAAUUUAAAGAACCAAUUCCUGUAAAGUAUGAAAUGAGAGGAUUUAAUAGCCUCUUGGGUUCUCACUAUGAUCAUUACUAUUUGGAUUAUGAUUGGUACUCUGCUGAGACACCUAGUUCAGAAGUGUUUGAAAUUGGGGAAAAUUUAACGUGCGUUAGUUUCCCUGGACCCGGAGACAAACACAUAUAUACAUUCAAUCCUAUGCGUGAAUUCGUUCAUAAUUACGACGCACAUAUGCACGAAGCGUUCGAAAAUUUCAAGAUGGCUCAUAACAAGGAAUACAUAAGUGAAGUAGACGAAUUGGCACGCAAAGAAGUUUUCAGACAGAAUUUAAGAUUUAUUCAUUCGACCAAUCGCGCUAAUAAGGACUAUCAAUUAGACGUUAACCAUUUAGUAGAUCGUACUGAUUUAGAAUUAAAAGCUUUACGUGGUAAACAAUAUACCAAAGGCUAUAAUGGAGGACAACCUUUCCCUUAUAAUACUGAAGAAGUGACCGAAGUUCCAGAUUCUUUAGACUGGAGGCUUUAUGGGGCUGUUACUCCUGUUAAAGAUCAAUCUGUUUGUGGCUCUUGUUGGAGUUUUGGUACAACAGGUGCCGUCGAAGGCGCUUAUUAUUUGAAAUAUGGAAAAUUAGUACGCUUAUCUCAACAGGCUCUUAUUGACUGUUCAUGGGGUUUUGGAAAUAAUGGCUGUGAUGGUGGUGAAGAUUUUCGAUCUUAUCAGUGGAUCAUGAAACAUGGAGGUCUCCCCGCAGAGGAUGAAUACGGUGGUUAUCUUGGACAGGAUGGUUAUUGUCAUGUUAAUAACGUUACAAGGGCAGCUAAGAUUACUGGUUACGUGAAUGUUACAUCUGGAGAUCCCAAUGCUUUGAAAAUUGCCAUUGCGAAGCACGGACCAGUUUCAGUCGCAAUUGAUGCUGCUCAUAAAACAUUUUCAUUCUAUUCUCACGGUGUAUAUUAUGAUUCAGCCUGUGGUAACACAGAAGAAGCAUUGGAUCAUGCAGUUUUAGCUGUUGGUUACGGUCAACUGAAUGGAAAAGAUUAUUGGUUGAUCAAGAAUUCAUGGUCAAAUUACUGGGGUAAUGAUGGUUACAUUCUUAUGUCUCAAGAAAAGAAUAAUUGUGGAGUAUUAACAACACCAACAUAUGUUACCAUGUAAGAACGAACAAAUAAUACACUAUUUUACGUUUUUAGUAUAAACAUAUAUGUAUGUACAAGUUUUUGAAAUGGAAAUUAUAUAUUUUCUUUUAAAUAAAAUGUUAAAUUCUAUUUUCUGUUUCUACACAAAAAUAUACUGAAACGAGAAAAGAAAUCACUAAACGAGUAAAUAAACUGUUAAAGUUAUAUUCGAUGUAUAAAUAUAAAUAGUACAAGGUAAAUGAGACGUAAUUUUAUUUGGAUCGUAUGAAAAUUAACGUUGUAGAAACAUGAAUAAAAUGAUUUUUAUUGAA